AUGAUUUCAAUACGUGGGAUAAGAAGCAGUAUAUUGGCUUCUAAGAUUGCCACAAAUUCUAUUUCUGUUUCUGUUCAUUCAUCAAUUUUUACUCGUCCUGUAGCAUUUUAUAGUACUAAAGUUGUUGAACCAUCAGUAACCAAUCAACGAAUUACUGAGAAGGGAGAAUUUAAUAGAAAGACUUAUUUAAUUGAUUUAUAUAAACAUAUUAAUGAUAAUAAUGAUAUAGUAUUAUAUGUACAUCAUAAUAAUAUCAAUAAAGCCGAUAAUGCCACCAUUAGAUCGGAAUUAAAGAAAAUUAAUGAAUCUAAAUUGCAUGUUUUAAGACUGGGGAUAUAUGAAAUUUAUCUUAAAAAUGCUCAUGAAGAAGAUCCUGCUGCAAAGGGAGUUAGUCAAAGGAAUCGUGGAAGAAAACAUCCAUUAUUACCUAUUAUACAUGGUCCAACUGCUAUAAUUUCUAUAUCAAAGGGUGAACCAGAACAUGUUGAAAAAGUUAUUAAACUUCUUAAGAAAUAUCAAGAUAAAUUAAUUUUAGUAGGUGCAAAAGUUGAAAAAUCCAUUUAUAAUGUUGAGGAAAUUAAUGAAUUUAAGAGUUUACCUAAUAAAUUAACUUUACAAAGUCAAUUAGCUGGUUUAUUGACCAUAUUAGGUGGAGCAGGUUUAGUAAGAACUUUAGAAGCUGCUAGUACUCAUUUAUAUUUAACUUUAGAAGAAAGAAGAAAAGACAUUGACCCUAAUGAAAAGAAGGAAGAUGAACCAUCUGCAUAA